AAGAAGAGUCCGAUACAUUCAUUUCUAUUAAAUCAAUGUUGAUACAAUAUUCGUCUCCCCACGUUGCUGUAUUUUCAUUGAUUCUGCUUUUGCGCAACAUUCCCGGGCGUAUCCUUGCCACCAUGAUCACACACUCGCCCUUUGUGGCUACUGAGAGCGCGACAGAGAGAGCGGCAAGAGACAGAGCCUCCAUGGUGCCUGAUCGAGUGUCUGCACCAAACUAGUGGACAACAGAUUAUCGCUUCGCAUUCAUGGUGCUCUGCCUGCAGCAAAGAAAGCGACUUUGAGACGACAUUCUGAAAUAUUGCAUCAUCGAUACUACCCGACCUAAGGCUACCAGCCCACAAACGUCUCUGGAAAUGUCAUGGCUUUCCUGGGACGCCACCGGUGGCACACGAUUAGCCCACCAAAUUUGUCUACUUUGCAACCAUCGUCUCACGAAACAACACAUCGGCUAUCACAGAUAGACAACUUGAUAAAGCCACACAAGAAGUGAGGUGUAUGUCUCGUGGAUAAAUCUAGUCCAGACCCUCUCCCACCACAAUAGAUGAGUUGGUGUAGGUGAAAGUUCGAGGGUUGGGACAGGAUGUCGGUGAGUGAGUGCAAACACCUAUCAAAAGUUCAGUGGUUCGGAUAUUGCCUUCAAAUCCAUCUCCGUGGAUGCCGUCCCG